GGCACAUAUGUAAUCUUAUAAUGGUCCAUGUCCAAUUUGAGCCUCUUGUAUAAAGCCCUAAAGAGAUUCACGAAGAACCCUAGUUUCCUCUUUCACCGCAGAUUCUGAAGCCUCCAAGCAGGAAGAUAGAACAGGAAGAUGGCUCCCAAACCACCCAGUACGGGUUUAUUUGUUGGGUUGAACAAGGGUCACAUCCUUACCAAGAAGGAGUUGCCCCCACGGCCCUCCGAUCGCAAAGGGAAAACCAGCAAAAGGGUGCACUUUGUGAGGAACCUCAUCAGAGAGGUUGCUGGUUUUGCACCUUAUGAAAAGCGUAUAACUGAGUUACUCAAGGUGGGAAAAGAUAAGAGGGCACUCAAGGUUGCUAAGAGAAAGCUUGGAACCCAUAAACGUGCUAAGAAGAAGAGAGAAGAGAUGUCUAAUGUUCUCAGGAAGAUGAGGGCUGGUGGAGCUGGAGACAAGAAGAAAUAGGUCUUAUUUGUUCUUUACAAGUUUGGCUAGAUGCAUUUAUGUUUUUGGGGAACGAGAUGUCUUACUUUUGUUGAGAUUCAGUUGAAUUAGUUCAAGAUUUUGCUUUGACAAAUGUUUUAUUUAAUCGAGACAGGAUUUAUUGAAAAUAGUACAAUUGGCUUCUUUUAUUGUUUUACUACAAAUGCAAGAGAUAAUAUCAUUUUACUUUCUAGUGAA